AUACGGCACUUUUUUACAUGUAUCUAUUGAGUAGCGUCCCUUGAACAAUUAUGGCAGCUAGAAAUCCAGGCGUUGAGUUUGAUCCAUCUUGGAUCCAGAAUGUCUAUGUUAACUUACCAGCCACAAAACGAAGAGCAGAACAACUAGGCCUUAGAAGAACUGUCAAAAAACAGUGGCAGGCAGCAUGGGAAUUACGGGCUGUGUCAUGUAUAGAUUUGACCACACUGGCAGGAGAUGAUACACUAGCAAAUGUUAACAGGCUAUGCUUUAAGGCCAAACAUCCAGUCAGACAGGAUCUGCUCAAAGCCAUGGAGAUGGAUGAUACAGGUUUGACAGUAGGAGCAGUAUGUGUGUAUCCGAACCGUGUGUCAGAUGCCGUUAACUCCCUGAAAGCUGCCGGAGCAAGCCAUAUACCUGUUGCCUCUGUUGCCACUGGUUUUCCUACUGGGCAGACACCUUUAAAGACACGUCUGGAAGAAAUACGAUUAGCUGUGGAGGAUGGAGCACGUGAAAUUGAUAUUGUUAUUAACAGACAGAUGGCGCUUACAGGGGAUUGGAAAGGAUUGUAUGAUGAGGUGAGAAUGAUGAGAGAGGCAUGUGGGGAGGCACACAUGAAGACAAUUCUUGCCACAGGGGAACUUGGAAGUCUUGCUAAUAUCCACAAAGCCAGCAUUGUCUGUAUGAUGGCAGGGGCUGACUUCAUUAAAACAUCAACAGGGAAAGAAGGGGUGAAUGCCAUCUUACUGGUAGCACUGGUGAUGGUGAGAGCUAUAAGGGAAUACUUUGAAAGGACAGGUCACAAGGUUGGGUUCAAACCAGCUGGAGGGAUCAGGUCUGCCAAGGAUGCUUGCACUUGGUUGUCGCUGAUGAAAGAAGAGCUGGGGGAUGAGUGGACCACGCCUGCUCUCUUCAGAAUAGGGGCCAGUAGUCUACUGAUUGAUAUUGAACGACAGCUCUUCCACUUUGUGUAUGGAAGAUAUGCUGCUGCCCAUGAAAUACCUAUGUCAUAAUUACGUUUGAAAAAAGUUCAGAAUCACACAUACGAAGAAGAAUUGAGAUGUCCAGCAUCAAUAAUUUUGAUAUAUUUUAGUAUUUGAAUAUUUAUGAAAUUAGUUUUUAAUGCUAGCUUUGUUUUUGUCAGGGACGUUGAUGAGAUAGCUAAUGUGAUAUUUACAUUUUCAUUCACUGCUAUUGAGGUUUUCGCUACCUUUUUAGCUCAUCUGAUUUUUUGAAAAAAAAUGAUGAGUUAUUGUCAUCACUUGAGCAGUUGUGACGUCGGCGUCGGCGUUGCCUGGUUAAGUUUUAUGUUUAGGUCAGCUUUUCUCCUAAACUAUCAAAGCUAUUGCUUUGAAACUUGGAAUACUUGUUCAACAUCAUAAGCUGACCCUGUAUAGCAAGAAACAUAACUCCAUCUUGCUUUUUGCAGGAUUUAUGGCCCCUUUUGUACUUAGAAAAUAUCAGAUUUCUUGGUUAAGUUUUAUGUUUAGGCCAACUUUUCUCCUAAACUAUCAAAGCUAUUGCUUUGAAACUUGGAAUACUUGUUCACCAUCAUAAGCAGACCCUGUACAUCAAGAAACGUAACUCCAUCUUGCUUUUUGCAAGAAUUAUUGCCCCUUUUGGACUUAGAAAAUCAGUUUUCUUGGUUAAGUUUUAUGUUUAGGUCAGCUUUUAUCCUAAACUAUCAAAGCUAUUCCUUUAAAACUUGCAACACUUAUUCACCAUCAUAAGCUGACCCUGUACAGCAAGAAACAUAACUCCAUCCUGCUUUUUGCAAGAUUUAUGGCACCUUUUGGACUUAGAAAAUAUCAGAUUUCUUGGUUAAGUUUUAUGUUUAGGCCAACUUUUUCUCUUAAACUAUCAAAGCUAUUGCUUUAAAACUUGCAGCUCUUGUUCACCAUCAUAAGCUGACCCUGUACAGCAAGCAACAUAACUCCAUCCUGCUUUUUGCAAUAAUUAUUGCCCCUUUUGGACUUAGAAAAAUCAUUUUCUUGGUUGAAUAUUAUGUUUAAGUCAACUUUUCUCAUAAACUAUCAAAGCUAUUGCUUUAAAACUUGCAACAGUUUUUCACCAUCAUAAGUGGACACUGUAUAUCAAGAAACAUAACUCUAUCUUGCUUUUUGCAAGAGUGAUGGCCCUUUUUAGACUUAGAAAAUCAUGGGUAGGACAAUAUUUCUAUUAUACAAAAAAAAUCAGAUGAGCGUCAGCACCCGCAAGGCGGUGCUCUUGUUAUACUUAGGUUUUAUUUGAAUUUUCUUAAAUAUGAAGGAAAAAAGCAGUUGUUAAUAUGACUUAAUUUGUCUUUACAGUAUUAGCUCACCUAAGCUUUGUUAAGCAAUCAGUAUGAAAAGAAACUACAGAAUUUCUUCUUAUGUAUCAUAUGCUGGAUCUUUACCAUAUGGCUUGACCAUUUUUCGAGCUGAAAAUAGAAAACUUUAAAACAACUUCUUCUCAUUAACCACUUUAUGGAUGUUCACAAAACGUGUAGAUAAUCUUUGUAUGGACCUUUCAAAUAGAAGUUGCAAAAUGAUGCAAGUUGAAAAUCUGGCUAAAUUUGAACCAUGAGUGACUUUUGGCUGCUUUUGCCCUCUUGUUUAAAUACAUGUAGAUACACUUAGUUUAAAUAAAAGCAAUGCAUUAAUUAUAAAUCUGAGGUCUGUAAAUUACCUGUUAGUCAAGAAAACUUUACUGAAAGAUCAAAAUGCAUUUUUGAAAACAGCUAUAAGUGUUCAAUAUUCAAACUGCUUCUGUUGACAUGCUCAUGCUAGAGAUAAUUAGAAUGAUUCUUAGCUUUUGAAAAGAAAAAUAAAUCAAGCAAAGCAAUGGCAUGGACCAUUUAAACAUGUGUUCACUCAGGAUUUAUACUUGUCCCAAAAUCUUAAAUUUGGUAUGGUGAUAUUAUUUCAUAGAUUGCAUGAAUUUUUACUUUCCCAUUGCAAACAAGUAGUUAAACACAGGAGUAUUUCAAUAGAAAUAUAAAACAAGGUCAUAUUUUCCUGUUACAUAGUGAUAUAUUAUAAUUUACACAUUGUUAUUAAGCGGAUGGUACUUUCUUGCACUUUUGAAUAGACUACAGAAAUAACAUUCCAAGUUAAAAAAUUCCACUCGAUAGGAACAUAUAUAUUAUUCAAGAUUUCUGUAAAAUAUGGAGGAUGUCUAUAUUUUUAGAAGGUGGGAAAAUCUCCAUGAAAGAGAAAUAUAUUCUCCUAUUACUUAUGAUGUCAAAUAUAUUUGCCUUUUUUGUGUUAAAUUCCCCAGAAAGUAACUUUGUUACUUUGUUAUUUUUUAUAAUGAUACAGUGUUUGUACCGUCCUUACUUACACCUCUGUAUUAGUUAUGUAUGAGGGAUGUUCAGUAAAUACCUGAAAAAGUACCCUCACUUCACAUAUCAUGAAGAUUUAGUGAAACUGUUAUAAAAUGUAGAUAAGGGAAUGUUAAGUUGAUAUGUCAAAAUGGUUUUCUUUGGACAGGUAUGUUAGCAUCAUGUGAUGCAUUUUGGCCAAUAUUUGUCUUUUUUCCUACUUUGCAUUGCUAAAACAUUAUUUUGUAACUAAUUUUUUUUCCAUGUUGUGUUGUCCCAAGUCUAGUGAUUAUUUACCUGAAAUUUAAGUGUUACACCAAUAAGGUCAAAUUAUAGAUAAAACAUUAUUAAAAAUGUUUUGGCAGCAUAUUGUAUGGGUUAUCACCUGAAAAUCAGUGUUUAACAGAAGUUGUGUUUUGAAUCCAAAAUCACAGAGAGACCCUUGGAAACGAUAAAUAGAUGAUGUUUGUGAAUUUAAGUAUUCACAUUCAUUAUAUUCUAAUCUAUAAUAUGGUCAAAUUGGACAAGAAGUAAAGAUUUAAGGACACUUGUUCAGGUAAUUUUGAACACCCCUCAUAUAUUUUUUAAAAAAAUAGAUAUUAUGUUCAAGGAAAACGGGAUAACUAACAAGUGUUCAUUAAAUGUGUCAUAGUUUUUAAUCAUGGUGGUCUAUCCUACUUGGAUUUUUGUCUAAGAAAUAAGAUUUUGAUUUUCAUGUUUUAGAACCGGUGUUGUAUUUUUGUUUAGUUUAGAUAUAAAUAUAUCUAAUAAAUAGUUCCAGCUAAGUUUGUAAUUAUUGAUGUACCAGUAUUGUUAUUAUAAAGGAAGUAAUAUCUUUGAUGAGGAAUAUGCUUGGAACUAAGACAUUUCUAUUUAAACUAAAAUAGAGUUGUAAUGUAUAUUUUGUUUUCUGUUUUAAACUAUUACACUAACUGUAAGAAGAUUGUGUUUUGAGGAUUUUAAGUUCUAGCCCAAACUAUCUGAUGAUGUCUUCAGAAAUGAACAUUCAAUGUACAUUUCUUAAUUUGUACACAUUUCAUUUUUUUUGUGGAAAAGCAAAAAAGAAGAGAAAUAAGAAAAAUGAACAAAGAUGUGUAUAACUCAGACAUUUUUUGCAGUGAUAUCACCUGUUUUUGUACAUUAUUGUUUAUCUUACAUGUAAUUGUUUGGUUUUAAAUUUUGUUUCUGAUUUAUUUAGUGCUAUGUGUUAUAAAAUUUUGUUUAGUUACACGUUAUACGUGACUGCUUUCUGUAAAGUGGCAGAUAGAUAAAAGUAUGUUCCUUAUAACAUGUGCUACAUAUUUAGGUCUUUAAGGGAGAGUAUUGAAAACAGGCGCAUGAAGUACUUUGUAUAUGCACGUUUAUAUAUUGUAAUACAAGGAAAUAGUGGAAAUAGUUUAAAUUUUUAACCUGUUUGGUACAUAAAUUGUUUCUCAGUAUCAGCAUUAUAUUUUAAUGUGAUUGGCAUAUUAUAAUCGCUGUUAGAGAAUAGUUUCAAAAAUACGUCUUUUAGCAAAAAAGUACUCUAUGGGUAUUUGCUUUAAAAAGGGCCAUUUGCUUAAAUUGUUAAAGAUCUAUUUUUUUUGCCACUUGAAAAGCUAGUCUUUUGUGAUUAAGAAAUUAAGAAAUUGGAUCUCUAUACCAUGUAUCCAGGGUCUCAAGUAUAAACCCUGUAAUGAUACAAUGAAUGUAAUGCUAACAAAUUUUAAGCAUUGCUUCUGCUAUAUUUCUAAAAUGGACUGGUCCAUCAUUCAAUUUGGACAGUAUUACUUAUUAUUCAAAGGGGUGUUCACUGAAAAUUUAUUGACUGAAUAGCGAACAGUGCAGACCAUGAUCAGACUGCAUGGAUGUGCAGGCUGAUCAUGGUCUGCACUGGUCGCAAAGGCAGAAUCACUUGCCGCCAACAGGCUAAAAUUUAAUAUUAGCUGUAUUUUCAAAUGUUAAUGAAUAUGCAUGUAAUGGAUUUGCAUUGAUUUAUCUUUACCUCUUAAUGAUGCUGUAUCUAAUGCAAUUAGCCAGAUGAAAUGUCAUAUUUAGAUCCAAUCAAAUCAAUUUCUUCUCCUAGAUUGAGAUUAUUCAAACAGGUCCCGUCACAUAAACCCAUUGCCAGGUCACAGUAAAAUCUAUGAAAAACAUUGUUCUUCCUACUAAUACUUAGACAGGGGUGGAUACUGAUCAUUGAUCAUGCUUCUCUAUUCAGUCCAACUAAUUCUUGUAAAACUGACUAACCAUAGAUGACUUGAACUACUUGUCCUAGAACAUAUUUCCAUUGACCAGUCAAGUUCAAACUAAAGCUUUUAGAGUUUUAUUUUAUUAAUUUGAAAUUUUCACACCCAUAAUCAGACAGUUACUUUACUUCACAUGAUUUAUUUGCACAAGAUUAGGUAUAAUCACAGAUGUAUUGCUUUUUGUACAACUUAAAAAAUUUGAGCUGCACCAUGGGAAAAUCAACAUAGUGGCGUUUGUGACUAGCAUGGAUCCAGACCAGCCUGUGCAGCCGUGCAGUCUGGUCAGGAUCAAUGCUGUUCGCUUUCAAAGCCUAUUGCAAUUAGAGAAACUGUUAGCGAACAGCAUGGAUCCUGUGCUGGUCACAAACGCACUUUGUUGGUUUUCUCAUGGCGCGGCUCAAAUGUAUUUUUUUGUACAAUUGAAAAAUAAUCUCGAGAGAAUCUCAUUUUUAUUCUUUACCACAUUAUAAUUAUAUGACCCAUACUGCCCUUUAUGUAAACUUGUACUUGAUUUUGGAUUGAAUAAAAAAUUAUCAUUUAAAUACUGCUCAACAGAAAUCUGAAGUUAUACUUGCCAGAACAAAAUGUCAGGUACUUUUGUGCCAAAUAACUACCUGAUUUGUCUAGUCUUUUAUCUCAAUCAGCCAUUGUAGUUGCAUUUACAUGUAAAUUUAUUGUAGGCCAUUUAUAUUCACAAAUAUGUCAAGACUUAAGAGUACUUGUAAAUUUAUGUUAGGUGAUGCUUUACAUGUUUACAUUAAAUGAGCCGUGCCAUGAGAAAACCAACAUAGUGGCUUUGCGACCCGCAUGGAUCCAGAUCAGCUUGCGCAUCCGCGCAGUCUGGUCAGGAUCCAUGCUGUUCGCUAACAGUUUCUCCAAUUCCAAUAGGCUUUAAAAGCGAACAGCAUGGAGCCUGACCAGACUGCGCAGAUGCGCAGGCUUGUCUGGAUCCAUGCUGGUCGCAAAGCCACUAUGUUGGUUUUGUCAUGGCGCGGCUCAUUUCAUGUUUCUUUAGGCUUUACUUAAACCACUGAAUGUAUAUAAAAUAAUAAGAGGAAAGGUCUAGGUAAAAUUUUAUUUAAUUUUAUAUUGAAAGCAGAGCAUUUUAGAAAAUGUCAGAAACUCAAGGUAACAGCGAUUUCAGGUACAAGAAUCUUUACAUUUCAGUCUCUAUCACUAGUGGUUUAUACAUGUAUCUGUCAGGUAUGUUGCAUGUCUGACUAUUUGUCCUAUAGUCAGCUGAUCAUAUUUACCAUCAAUCUUCGUACAUCACUCCAAAAUGAAAAUGUAUUGAAUGUUUAAAUUAUAGAUAAAAGACGAUCAGUAUUGUAGUGUUAAGAGACUUCCACUAGAAUCAGAAGGGCAUUUUAGUCUAGAUACUGCUUACAGACAGUUUAAGAAUAAUUAAGACAUUGGUGUAUCAUGUUAAAGAAUGUUGGAUAUUGAGGCUUAAGAUCUUUAAGCAUGAUCCUUCAAUUGUGGUAGACAGCUAAAUAUCCUAAGUAUAUAGAUCUAAUUGUCAUCAUUUAUUAAAUAAUUUGCAUUUUAUUGUGCAAGAAUCAGGGCCUCAUUAUCCAGUUGUUGAAAUGUAUUUGUUUCAUUGUUAAAGGAUAUUGGUUUAUUGCUAGAUGCAUUAUAUUACAUGAUUUUAUUAUAUAGAUGGAAUAAAAGAAAAACAAGA